AUGGCAUCGUCUUUGUCUGCUGCAUCCGUUUCCGCGUCCUUCUCAUCGUCCUUGGCAAUGGGCGUGGACGUGAUUCCUGUACAGCGCACAAAACACAGAAUUCUCAAAUCGUUCCAUGCUCAACAACUCCACCAUCGCAACCGACGACUAGAGGCCUUGGAUCGCCGUCGUCGACGCUUAACCGAAGCGGAAUACUCUCAUCCGAGUCAAUGGCGUCGUUCCGCCAAGGAAGUUGCUGCAGUCCCCUUGAGCAAUUGUCACAUGAUCUUGUGGAGUGGAAUGAUCUCAAUAGGAACACCACCUCAACAAUUCCUGGUCGAUUUUGAUACGGGAAGUUCCGAUAUUUGGGUCCCCUCCAUGGAUUGCGACAAUACUUGCAGUGCCUUUCCCAACUGGAACAAGUUCGAUGAAACCUCGUCGACAUCGUUUAGCACACCCGUUAAUCUCACUGGGAAGUUCAGUGCUGUUUAUGAAGAUGGAGAGUCGGUCCAUGGUAGUUACGCCGACGAUAUCAUUCAUUUGUCCGACGACCUCAACGUGCGCCAAGUGUUUGCACAAGUAACAUCGGUCUACGAAUUCGAAUCGUGUGAAGGGGAGGAUGGCGUCUUGGGAUUGGCGUUUACCUACGAUGACGAACGAGAGUACACACCUCUGCUGAAGAACAUCAAGGACAAACUUAUGCACCCCAUGUAUUCUCUCUACCUAAAUGGAGAAGACGACUAUCCCAAUGAUUCCAAACUUCAAGGGGCUUCUGAUUUGUACGGAAACUUGGAAAGUGGACUCUAUUCCACUCCACCCAAUGCUACCUCGGAGUUUGUCUUGGGAGGAGUGAACCAAAAGCACUAUACUGGAUGUUUGAAUUGGCACACCUUGGGCGAAUUCAACGAUCCAACCUACGGACAAAAGUUUGAGGGCUUUUGGGACUUUUCCUUGGAUCUGGUAAAGGUUGGAGGCACCAAAAUGACCACUGCCAAUGUGGCUCUGGUGGACACUGGAUCCAGUUACAUUGUGGGACCACCCGACGAUGUCGCACAAUUCGCAGUCUUGAACAAUGCCAAGUGCUUCGUCGUGGAUACUACCACCAACGCAUUUGCUCCACCGCAAGAAGUGGAUUGUAUGCGACCAGAGGGAUUUGAUGCUUCCAUUAUUGCAUGUAACGAACCAUUCUUCAAUUUGGAAUUCAUUGCUGACGGUGUUACAUAUGUUAUGGAAAAGGAAGACUUGAUUCUACAGAUUCCUACCAGUUUUGGUGAUGCCUGUGUCUUGCGUGUGGUUGGAAGUGAUGGCAUUCCGGGAUGGGUAUUGGGUGAUGCCUUUGUCAACAAGUACUACACUGCCUUUGAUUUCGGAAACAAGCGAGUGGGAUUUGCCAGGGGUGUGGCCGAGUCCAAUGACAUUUGCGAAGGCGAUAUUGGCAUUGACAUUGGAAACAAGUACAAGAAUCCAUCAACUGGUGACGACGAUGAUACGGAUACUGAUCCCGAUACUGAUACGCCAACCCGAGCACCAUCGAUUCCAGUCAUUAUCGAUGAUCUUGAUGGCUCGGAAUUAGAUGAAGAUCUGGCACAAUUUGAGGAAGAGUUGGAUGAAGAUCUAGUACAAUUUGAGGAAGACGAGGCGGAAGAAGAUGACGACGACGACGACGAAUACGUUUUCCCCACACUCAGUCCAACAAUUUUUGGUGCUCCCACUGCCACUCCCCACCAUCACCACUUUGACUUGGGUACCGACUCGCCAACGGACCUUCCUGGGGGGGCAGACGAAAACAAUGUACAAUCUCUGGCAGGCAAUCCUCCAAAAGAUACGGGCAAAAAGGGUGCUCCCUUCUUCUCGGUAGUUGCAUUUUUCAUUGUCGCGAUUGGGGCCUCUGCGCUUUACCAGCAAUUCAAGAAGCGACAGAAAAAGAACCUACCAAAGUCUGAGCAGAACUUACGGCAAUUCCAUGAUGAAUUCGAAGACCAACUAGAUGAACAAAAUGGUGGUGGGGGAUUCCGGGAUGUUGAACUAGAUAGCGACAGUGAUGAAGAAAAUGAUGACGAUGUUUUCAUUCUCGAUGCAGAUACACUACACCGCAUGAAUUAA